GCCGGUGGCCUUUAUCACGGUGAAGCUGCCUGAUGGCAGCCUGGUCCAUCUUGAUGUGGACCUGAAGACGCGGAUUGAGGAGUUCAGAUCGAUUCUGGCACCCAAGUGCGGCAUCAAGCGGCACCGCCAGCGGCUGGUCUUUGCAGGUCGAUUGCUACAGGAUGGGCGCACUCUGGAAGCUUAUGGCGUAGAUCGGAACAGCACCAUCCACCUGCUUCAUGGACAGCAAGGUGGUGGAGAUGGCCCGAGCGGCGUUGAUAUCAGCCAGAUGCCGACGCAGCUGGCCGCACUCCAGAGACAUGUCCUUCAGAAUCCCGACAUCCUGCAGCAGAUGCUGGAGUCGCCGGCGAUGCAGAGCUUGCUGAAUGACCACGAUUUCAUGCGGAGCUUGUUGAAGAUGGAUCCCCGCCUGUCCAAGCUCCUGGAGAGCUGUCCCGAGCUGAACCUCAUGCUGCAUGACCCGGAGGUCAUGAAACAGGCCACCGAAGCUUUGCGGAACCCAGUGCAUGUCCGUGAUGUCAUCCGCAGCACGGAUCGAUCCAUGUCGCAGUUGGAGGGGCUGGGAAGUGGCUCCUUCGAUGUGCUCAGGCAGAUGUGCGAAGACAUCCGCAGGCCGUUACAGGAUGAAGAAUACGUGCGCUUGCUUGCAGCAGCGGACGCGCAGAAGAAGGAAGCUGAGAAGGCAGAAAAGUUGAAGAGUCAGCGAAAGAUGCACGGCGCAGAUGACUUCGACGAUGAGCCUCAAGGUGAAGACAGGCAAGGCGAAGGGGCAGACGCUGAUAAGGCGCCCGACGAGGUGGCACCGGAGGAGGAAGAGGAUGAAGGCGUCGAAGCACCAGAGUGGGUGGGCACCUUCGACACCAAUGCCAUGGCGGCAAUGAUGCAGGACCAGAACAUGCAAUCCUUGCUGGCGCAGCUGGUUCAAGCAACGCCAGGGGCAGGGAUCAAAGUUCACCCUGACGAUCCGUUUCUGGAUCCAAGUUUCAUUGGGCAGAUGUUUCACGCGCAGACAAUCGACUCCAUGGUCAAGCUGCAGGACUCUGUUGAAAAGCUGUCAAUGACGGACGGCGCAAAGACUACAGGUCCAGCAAGCAAGAAGAAGGGCCAAGAUAUCAAAGAUGAGGGCCCUGCUUAUGAUUCGCCUGCUGCGCUCAGCGGGUUGCACUACAGAAGUCCUGCACACAACUUCAAGGAGGCCUUCUCCAUGUUCCUCUCCGCGGAGCAGGAGAGUCCGGAGGUCAGAUACAAGGGCCAGCUGCAGGCCAUGCGCAAUAUGGGCUUCACCGACCAGGAGGCUUGUAUCCAGGCAUUGCACAAUUGCGAUGGCAACAUGAACAAAGCGGUGGAGCUGUUGAUGGAGAAAGCCGAACGCUAGGCGUGCCAAAGCGAAUGCACAUGCAUGAUUCCCUUCAAGGGGAAGCUGUCUCACCGGUUCAGGGGGUUCUUUACGUAUGCGCAAGAGCUUAUCUUCAUUCUUGCAAAGGCCCCCCGAGAGUUCGCUCUCCCUG